GCCAGGGGGUCGAUUGUGUAAUUUUUUCUAAAAAAAAGUUACACAAUCGACCCCCAGAAUUUCGAAAUGACUGCUUUCAGUGAAUUUAGAAUUUAGUCAGUGCUUUCUCAAGCUCCACUGAGCUUUCCUGAGCUUCUCUAAAGAGAGGCAAGAUAUUAAAAUUUACGUAAGGUGGAAAUCAAUGAUGAUCGACUUUUUAGAAGCCGAAUAUGCUGCAACACUCUAUCACAUAAGUAAAAUCGUAUCGGAUGAUGGCUUAUGUGAGGAAACCAUAGACGGAGUACCAAUACGAAAAUUAUUUGUCGAUAAUUUGGCUGAAAGAACAACUUUUAAAGAUUUACGCAACUGCUUCUCUGUAUAUGGACAUAUUGAAAGUUGUUACUUACGUAGAAAUCAAGGGAAAAAAAAUUAUGCGUUUGUUACAUUCAGCAAAGUAGAAGAUGCGAUGGCAGCUAUGCAAGAUGGAAGUAAGAAACAAAUAAGAGUACACAAUAGAGACUUGAGAGUGAUGGCUGCGGAUUCCUGGCAUCAACCUGAUAGUAUAGACCAAAAAUUAUAUAAUAUAGGGAGAAUAUCGAACAAAUCUUCUGAGAAAAAGUCUACUAAUGAACAAUACCAUCAAUAUUUGCAAAAUGAUACUGAAAAUGUGUCCAUUCAUAUAUUAAAUGAUGAUUGUUUGAGCCAUAUUUUUUCAUUUUUACCAAUUAUUGACAAAGUUCGCAUAGAAAGGGUUUGUAAACACUGGAGAGAUUUAAGUCUAGAUUCUUGGAAGGAUGUAAAAACACUAGAUCUUUCACCUUCUACAUGGGGAUUUAUAAAAACUCAUACUAUUCGUACAGCAAUACUUCGUAAAAUAUUAUUAAAAUGCGGCAAAUUUCUAACAGAAAUAAAUUUAUCUGAUACAAGCCAUUUUUUAAGACAAAGUACAUUGACCAUAAUUGGAAAACUUUGUCCAAAGCUUACAAGUAUCGAUGUUACUGCAUUAACGGUUUGUGCAUCAGGCAUUGGUACAUUAGCAAAUAAUUGUAAAAAUAUAACUAGGUUUAGCUUAGGACCUUCAACAUAUGGCUGUGAUAAUGAAUUAAAAAAUCUCUUCAAAGUGAAUAAAAACUUAGAAUAUCUUUCCAUAAGCAAAAAUAAUAUUGCAGGCAAAUCUUUAUCAUUUUUGCCAGCACAAACUUUACAUACACUUAAAUUAGAGAGAUGCGAAAAUAUUCAAGAUAAUCAUUUUUCCGCAGCAUUGAAAAGAUUCGAAAAUUUGAAACAUCUUGCAAUAUGUAACUGUUCUGAAAUACGUAUACUCACAUUGCAAACUAUCGGUGAACAUUGUAAAGGUCUAGAAGAGUUAGAGAUUGGAGAAGGAAAUUUCUAUUUCACACAAAUAUUGGAUGUGUUGUAUUUAACUCAGCUUGUCAAUCUGAAAGUCUUGAAAUUUGUAUACAGUUGUUUAGUGACAGACACAUUUCUUAUUAAUUUGGCACAACAAUGUCAACAACUUAUCUCUAUAGACAUUACAGGUUGCAACGAUGUGACUGAUACUGGAUUAGAAGCUAUUGCUACAUUAUCAAAAUUGGAAAAAUUAAUCAUCAAUUAUUUAAAUAAAAUUACUGAUAAUGGAUUGGAACGUAUUUGCGGCUUAAAAGAGUUGGAAUGUCGAAAAUGUAUGUACAUUACUGAUCAGAGUAUGUCAAUGUUUAUCAAAGCUUCACCUUGCCUACAAUUACUGGAUAUUUCUGGAUGUCAUAAUAUCACCAAUGACACUCUUGAUGCUGCUAAAGACGCCUGCAACACUCGAGCUGAUAAUAUAAUGUUGAAGAUGAUUAUUGGAGGAACAUCAAUUUUCUCUAUAAAAGAAGAAGAUGAAGCACAACCGUCUCCGCUUUUGCAAAUAGUUAACGUGGAUUUAUGUGACAAUGACACUAAUACAUUAAGAAGUACGGAUGAAGAUAUGUUUGAUGAUUUAUCUAUUGAUAAUAUUGAUAGAUCUUGGUUUGAUGAAGAUUCAGAUUUCGAAUAUAAUUCUCCGAUUGAGUCUGACGCUGAGAUUUAAAAAUUUGGUAUACUUAUUUUCUAUGAAUAAUUAUAUUAUCAACUAUACUAU